AUGUUCAAUUUAAUUUCCGGUUGGUUUGUGAUAAACGUGAUACUUGCGUUAACAUACGGCCAACAGUCAAGUAACGAUGCGUGUGUUGGAAUCGCAGUCAGCUCGAUCGUUGCCGAUCCUGAAGAUUGCACAAAGUUUUUCCAGUGUAAUGAAAACUCGGUUGUCCACGGUAGUUGUCCCAGCGGAAUGUUCUACCACUCGGUUGAUGUGUGCUCGUUUGAUGCUACGGACUGUAGAACCACCACUGAAAGUGUAACGACAACAUCCAUUGACGUGUCUGCCACACCAGUUAUGCCUUCUACUACUGCGUCUACGACUCCAAAAUCGACCACAUCUGGAACCACGUUCACUCCGGCACCAACUCUACCAGAGAUCGACACAACAACGGAAGGCACAACGGUGAAUCCGGAAGCCGUCUGCCUCGAAUCUGAUCCCAACAAACCUCGUUUCGUUAAAAGCUCUACCAAUUGCUCUCAAUACUACAUCUGUGUUAAUCGCAUGCCAAUUCUACAUAGCUGUGUGGAUGGCAAAUAUUGGAACGACGAACACCUUUACUGUGACGACCCGCGCAGGGUGCCCUGUGGCCAGGAUGCCAUCGAGACUCCGGUCCCGUUGUGUCAGCAAGCAUCAGCGACCGACGUACUAUUCACUGGCAGUCCGACCAGUUGCGACGAGUACUACAUAUGCAUUCAGCAGAAACCUUUCCUAAUGCACUGUGCUCCGGGAACCCAUUGGAAUGAUAGUGCCAAGCAGUGCCAACCUCAGGACGAAGCCAACUGCAAGGCCACUAACACCGCAAUCGAUAACAUCAACCUGUACUGUCCGUCAUCUGGCGAGGUGUUUACGGGGCAUCCUCAAUUUUGUGAGCUGUUUCUGUUUUGCCAAAAUGGAAAAGCAUCCGUCCAACGCUGCCCGUUCCUAACCGACUGGGACUCUUUCGCCGAACGAUGUGUUCCAAGAACUAGCACCACCUGCAGAAAAAGGCGUCUAUAUUAA